ACUGUCAAUGGGAAGGAAACCAUGCAGCACCUGAAUGAUCGCUUGGCUUCCUACUUGGACAAAGUCCGCUCUCUGGAGCAAGAAAAUGCCCAGCUUGAGAGAAAUAUCCAGGAGUGGUAUGAGAGGAAUCAGCCCAGUGCUUUACCCAACUUCAACAGCUUCUUCCGGAUUAUUCAAGAGCUUCAAGGCCAGAUUUCCUCAUCUUUUUUGGACAAUGCAAGGAUUAUAUUACAAAUAGACAAUGCUCGUCUGGCAGCAGAUGACUUCAGAAACAAGUAUGUAAUGGAACGCCAGCUUAGAUGUAGUGUUGAGGCUGAUGUGAAUGGACUUCGUAUACUCCUUGAAGAACUGAACCGGGACAUAUGUAAUCUGCAGGCACACAUAGGAAACCUUCAGGAGGAACUGCAGCAAAUGAGGAGGAACCAUGAGCAGGAAGUCAAUGCUUUGCAAGCUCAGCUGGGUGCCAGGGUCAGUGUGGAAAUGAAUGCUGCUCCAUCGGCUGAUAUGAAUAGAGCCUUAUCUGAAAUUAGAGAGCAGUAUGAGAACCUGAUGGAACGGAAUCUGAGAGAGGUGGAAACUAUUUUCCGACAAAGGACUGAGGAACUGAAUCGUGAUGUUGCUUCUGGUUCUGCACAACUCCAAUCUGUGCAUACUGAAGUCAUUGACUUGAAUCGCACCGUCCAAACCCUGGAGAUCGAACUGCAGAGCCAGCUGAGCAUGAAAUCUGCUCUGGAGAACACCUUAGCAGAGACAGAAGCCACAUUUGGAGCCCAACUUGCCCAGAUACAAUGUUUGAUCAACAGUGUAGAGUCCCAGCUGGCACAGGUACGCUCUGACCUGGAACGUCAGAACCAGGAAUACAGGAUCCUAAUGGACCAAAAGACACACCUGGAGAUGGAGAUCGCCACCUAUAAACGCCUAUUGGACGGUCAUAAUAUCCACACUUCAAGUCAUACAUUUCUAGGAGGCAGUGAUGCAUCUCACCACACAAUGAAAGCUCACCAUGGGACUAGCCACAGAUCUGCUUCACCUAGACAAAACUUGGCAUGGGACAUGAACAAGAUGCACCCAGAUCCAUACACAGUAGACACAAUUGAAAUCAUGCAAGGUUUUGGAUUAGUUAGAGACAUGUUCAUCACUAUAGGGGUUAACUUCACCCUUGAAGCAUGGAUCCAAACUGGGGAUUCCUCUGUCAGGACCGCUGUUCUUGUGACCACCACCAUCAUUGUAGGCUUUCCAUAUGGGGGGGUCCGGAGUUCGGUGUCAGUGGAGCGCCUUCACUAA